AUGCAGCUCAACAGGGCGCUCAGGUUCCUCGUCUUGGGGCUUUCGGCCGUGUCUGUCGCUGAGGCCACCUUCGCCGGCGCCAACAUUGCCGGGCGCAAGGUAAAAGAGAUUCAGCGUAGACAGGACGACGACGCGAAGGCCGAUCCCGACACCACGGAUGCGGGCUCUCCUGAGCAGACGUCGACAUCGGUCCCGGCGGAUCCCACUUCAGAAGAACCCGAGUCCACCCCUCCUCCCGUCACGUCGUCCACCCCGACAAAGCCUCCUGUGACGUCAACCCCAGCAACAUCCACACCGGAGCCUACAUCGUCCAACAAGCCGCCUUCUUCCAGCGCAAAUGACGACGACAAUAGCUCGCCGACAACGAGCCACUCGGCCAAGCCGACCUCAUCGGCCGACGAGGACACACCUGGGGAGACGACGAUUACCUCUACCCAGAUUAUCACGACCACUCGCGAAGAUGGUUCGCCGGUUACCUACACCAGCGAGACCACUUCAACGGAGACCCCCGGGCUCGCGGACGACAAAAACAGCGGCCAGGAGUCGGGUAUGUCGCCGCAGACACGCAACACGGUUAUCGGCGUGGUGGUUGGCGUGGGCGGUGCCAUCAUUUCUCGGCGGCUUGGCGCUGGUCGCCUGGAGGAUUUGGGUAAGCCCGAGACCGGCGGCUCCUUGACCAGCCGCACUCCCUUCCAGAGCACCCUCGAGAGCUACCACGCGCCGACCCAAGUCAACACGGCGGCCAACUUUUAA